CAGGAUGGAGUUAGACUCUGUGAAGAAGCAGCUGGAAGGUCGCUGGAAGAACAUCCACGAGAAGCUGCAGGCUCAGGCGGCUCCAGAGCACGAGGACGCUGCUGCUCUGAGGAAACAGCUCGUGGACAGAUUUCACUGCCUCUCCUGUGACCGACCUGUUGUGAAGUACACCUCUGCACCGCAUUUGGUGAAGCUGCCUUCCAGCUCUGGAUUCCCUGCACACAGGUCCAUCAGGCCGUUCACUGUUUACUCUCUGGAGCAGUUUCGACAGCACUACAGGAGCGAGCGGAUCUCUCAGCUGACGGACUACAGUCACCUGACCGUGUCCCGGAGCUGCGGGGGGAGUCACACCGUCACCUCCGCCGGCCAGCGUCGCACCGGCCCGCAGUCCAUGAAGCACCACGGCCACACUGAGGUGGACGGUUUGAUUCAGUCAGAGGAGGUUGAUAUCGUUGGACUGGACGGGCAUAUUUACAAAGGUCGCCUGAAUGCAUCGGCUAUGAGGAAUACAGAAUCUAAACUACCUACGAUCUCUACCAAAGACGGUCUGUGCAAAACUAAAGAUAAAGCCAAGAGCUCCCCGUCCAACAAACCCGCCGCGUCUCCGGAGGCGGGACACGCCGCUCCGCUUCAUCACCAUCACAGUGCCAAGAGUGGCCAGUGCAGCCGCUCAGCCUCCGGCAGCUCGGGUCGGGACUGGCCCGUGUCCACUCUGGGCUGCACGUCUCAGAGCUCCGUCGCUCAGGCUUCAGCCGCCGCAGACAGCAGCGCCGAGCCUCGGGCCGACGAGCCAGCCCACCUGUAGGGGGCGACAGAAAACUGUUAGUGAUGAGUCAUUACCUCCCGCAGAGAGAAGGUCACCUGCUUCACUCUGCUUUAUUUUCAUUUUAUGCACCACAUGUCCCAUAAACCACCCGUCAACGAGUCCAAUACCUGUUUAUUUUUUACUUGAAGUUUCUGUGAUCAGCCGCUUUAAAUAUUGUAAUAAUAAUGAUAUCAAUAUUAGUUCAUAGACUUGAGUUUAAGUUUCAUCACUUCCUGUUGGUCCAGAGCGUUAUUGUCAACAAAUCCCACGAGUCAGUGUGUGUGUGUGUGUGUGUGGGGGGGGGCUGAGUCAGAAUAAACUACAGCGUGUGUGUCCAUGGUGAUGAAGGAACAUGUCAGAGCAACAGGAUACACAAACACUGAACUGUUAGCGGUUAGCGGUUAGCAUUCACUGCUGGUUUCAGACUUUUCUUGGGAUUUGCUGACAAGAACAAAACCAGAA